GGGAAGAAAGAUCCUCCCCAAUUCCCUCUUGUUGUUCUUCACAUCCUCCGAAACAAAACAAACAAAAGAGAAUCGAAGCAUGCCUGGUUAUCGAGUCGAGUACGCGAGCAGUGGACGAGCGAAAUGUAAUGGCAGGAAACCGUGUUUCGGUACUGCGAUACCCAAGGGUCAACUGCGGUUUGGCACUUGGGUUACUCUGCACGAGAAGGGCUCGUUCAAAUGGAGACAUUGGGGCUGCUUGACUUCAUCCGUGUUGAAGAACGUCUCCACCGAGUUGGAAGAUAAGAUCGAAGAGCUCGAUGGUUUUGAGGACCUUCAACCAACUGAUCAAGAGAAGAUUAAGAAAGCCUUCCAAGACGGGCACAUCGACCCAAGCGAUCUCCCGCCCUCAGCAGUUCCAGAAAAAACCGAGAAUCCUGGAGAAGAAGACGGGAAAAAAGAAGUCAAGAAACGCAAAAGAGCGCCCAAAAAACCAAAAGCUAGUGACCAAACCACUAACACGGAAAAUCAAGACGAAAAUGAGGAUCAACAGGAACCUGAAGAAGAGAAAAAGGUCACCAAAAAAAAAAAAAGCCAGCCUCGCAAGAAGCCAGCACCAAGUACUGCUGAGUAAAGAAGACACGUCCAGGAAACUUGAUCUUGUCCCGCCAUUAUAUCCCACCUGAACCAUCACGAACAUGUAUAUCCGCCACAAGAUGCCAGCUCAUAUCACCCUGACCACCACGUAUCCUUGCUUGUCCCAAUGUGUUAUAUAGUCCUGAACCCCAUCCGCUUAUUCUUCUUAUUGUCGUUUUUUUGUUCUUUUUGAGUCCUCGUAGCCCGGUUUUCAUAGCAAAUGUGUAGAUUUUAUUUCUCGACAGUUCCAAGGAUCACCACAGGAACUCCCCACCAAAUUACCCCUUCAGUUUAUUGUAAAAGUCGCACUCCCAAGUCCGACGUUCAUAUUAUGUUUUUGCAAUAUAUCCGGAUCCAGGGAGAGAAGCCCAAUGCAAAUCAACCCGGAC